UCUUAUUAUUCCCGGAAAGUUCGUGAGAUUUUCCCGGGAAAGUAAAAAUUCUUCUUUCUAUGGGUUGAUGACCUAAGAUAGUUGUUAAAAUCGAGAAUUCUUCGACUCUUUAUCCACUACUACUAGUAUUUUCGAAAUUUUUUUUUUUUUGAAAGAUUAGGUUUUGUUUCGUAUAGAAUGGGGCAACAGCAAUCCAAGGAUGAGCUUCUGUAUCAGCAAGUUAGCUAUGGAAACACCGAAGGGAUCAAAUCACUUUUCAGAGAAGGCGCACGCCUCGAGUGGGUUGAUAGAGAUGGGAAAACCCCUCUCAUGGUAGCUUCUAUGAUUCCGGAGCUUUACAAUGUAGCAAAAACUUUGAUUGAACUUGGUGCCAACGUCAAUGCUUAUCGUGCCGGUCGUCAUGCCGGCACUCCUUUGCAUCAUGCAGCUAAAAGAGGCCUGGAAAAUACUGUUAAACUGCUUCUAACAAAUGGAGCCAACGCAUUAGUCAUGAAUGAUGAUUGUCAAACUCCUCUUGAUGUUGCUAGGGACAAAGGGCAUGGUAAUGUUGUCCGUGCAAUUGAGCAUCAUAUUCGCUUAUUCUCUGGUUGGAUGCGGGAGUUUUAUGGGCCUGGCUUUCUUGAAGCAUUCGUUCCUCAAUUGCUUUUAAGAAAAGUUUGGGUUGUCAUUCUACCAUCUGGCUCCCGCAAUCCUACCAAGCCUUAUAAGUUGGAGCUUGCCCUAUAUCCUAGUGUGCAGGAUGCGAAACCACGAGCUGUAAUUGCAUUGUGGAAAGCCAAUUUGGAAGAACCGAAGUCACUCCAGACUGAUCCAUUCGUGUCAAUUCUUGAGAACUUCACUAUACCAAGAGGCAGGAGGCGGAGAAGAAGGUGUAGGCGUCAAAUGCUUAGUCAAACACGCAUUAAACUUGCUCCUGAAAAGGAAGGUGACUGGCAACAACUUCAGCAGUUCUGUAAUGCAUGCAAAGGAAUUCCACAGGCACAUCCUGCAUUUUUGCAUAAUGAUCAACCAACAAUUGAACCAGCCUCCUCACCAUCAGCUGAAGAUUUAGAAUUAGCUAUGGCAUUGAGUGCCUCUAUUCAGUCUGCUCCACAGGAAAACCCUUUUAAUGCUAAUAUGAGCUCUGGAGCCAGUUCAUCUUGCGCUCAGAAUAUCUCAUUGAACCCAAGCAGUUCUAAUCAGGGUGCAUCAAAAGCAAGCAGUUCUAAUCAGGGUGCAUCAAAAGCACCUGCUCCUUUGGAAACUAUUGAGUGGCCAGAGCAAGGAACCUCCGAAAGUAGCCAUUCCUGUUCAACCGAGCAUGACCAGAUCGAGCACGAAUCAGCUGUCCCAACAAAUCAACCCCAAGAUGGGAUUGCAUCAGCGCCACCAAUUCCAGAUGGCCCCAUUUAUUAUCCAUCAAUUGAUUCAAGUCCUGUUGAUAUAUCUUCCUCAGUUGUUGAGGGUGUACCUGCUAAAGUUGGUGAUAGUAAAGAAGAUGGAGACUCUUCAUCCUGUGUAGUUUGUUUGGAUUCUCCUGUUGAAGGAGCUUGCAUCCCUUGUGGCCACAUGGCUGGAUGCAUGUCUUGUUUGAAUGAAAUAAAGGCCAAGAAAUGGGGAUGUCCCGUCUGUCGAGCCAAGAUUGACCAGGUUGUAAAGCUUUAUGCUGUGUGAUGAUUAAAGCAAAAUGUGAGAAGCCCUACAUGGUGAUCGAUAUGUGGCCGGCUAUGGUGGAUGAGGGAGUUUGGCUCCAGCAGCAUCAAUUCUAUGUUUGUAAGGAUGUUUUCUUUAUUUAUUCAUAGCUGGUGUGGUAAGAACAAGACUUAUUUGUUCAGAAGAAAAAGGCCUAUUCUGGAAAAGUUUGCAAUUGUUUUCUUGUGUAAGUUUUUGUAUUAUAUAUAUAUAUAUACACCACCAAUAUGUGUAUGCUGUUCUUUUGUAUAGAUAAAUAAGAAAAUUACUGUUGAAGGAAAAAAAUUACGCCAUAUCUUUGUGUAAAGGCCUUGUUUGAAAUCUUGUAAUAGACAAUACUAAAUGUUUGUGAAACUUUUGGUUGAUGCCAUAGGCAGCAAAUGACAAUGACAGUUACACUGCCA